GUGGAGUGGGCCUCAUCGUGUCUGGUGGUAUUGCACCUAAUCGGGCGGGGCGAGUGUCUCCACUUGCCGCCAAAAUGACUAACUCUUUGGAAGCCAAAGCACACAAAGAGGUCACUGAUGCGGUGCACGCUGAGGGUGGCAAGAUAUGUAUGCAGAUUCUCCAUAGCGGCCGAUACGGAUAU